AUGUAUAGGAGAAAUCUAGAAACCAGUAAACGGUCGAAUGGAAAUGAGAAUGCUGCUGAAGAGAUCAAUGCUUUGAAAGGCAACAAGCAAUUUGGUCCUUCUGCAGCCAACAAAUCCUUCAUUCGCAGCAACAGCAAAGAAUCCUCUGCGCUCAAGCUCAAACCACACAACCAGAAAAGCGACCAAUUCAGCAAGAAUACAAACGAGAAACAAAAACUACGCAUCUUUCAAGACAAGACCGAAAAACCAACAUCCACCAUUCCACUCAAAAGAAGCGAAUCAGCUAUUGGACAAGUUCAGCAUUCCCAAGGCAAAAAGCAGGACAUUCGAGUAGAACGCACUUUUCGCCACAAGGAACAGGAACAAGAAUGGACACCACAGGGGUUGGAUCUUGACUUUAGUGCGUUUGACGACACAGUGCAAGAGUCCAGCUAUCAUAUCAAACACCAAUCACUGGAAAACGAUCAUGAUGUAGAUGUUGAAUCAUUCCCUGCGAUUGAAAGACAGUUUAACGCAAAGGCCACCAUUCAAAACGAGGAAGAGACAGAGGAGGAAACAGCACAACCUGACAUUGAACACGACACUUCCACUGUUGAAUACUGUCCCCCUAAAGAGAAAGAAAUCCCGUAUGAACCAGAUCAGAGCUGCAUCAUUGAUAUGUCCCGCUUUACAUCGUAUGCUGAUAUGGAUGCCUACGAAUAUAUUCGCUUGAGCAAACACCACGAUGAGCUUACCCUUUAUCAAGAUCCAGAUGUAGUGAAGCAGGAUAUGGUGCAUCCCAUCAAUGACGGCGCUUUGGAGUUUGACUAUGAUUCUGAAAGCGCUGAUCAGGAUUCCGAGCUAUCCAACGAUCUCGAUUUCUCCAACAUUCCCUUUAGUGAUCAUACAUUCGAUGUUGAUCAAUUCAUUCAAUGCAACUAA